CAUUUUACGUUUUUUUGAGGGAACUUACGUUUGAAAUUGAAAGUACAUACGUUAAUAAAAUGGAUCGUCUAGUAGCGUUCACCGUCUGUUUGAUUUUGGUCAUUGCUUUGAAUUCGGCAGAAUUUUCAGCUAAAAGUCUUGACUCGAACAUUAAUGUCAUUGUUCAAAAUGUUACUUUCUCAUUUUUGAAUGGCGACAAAGAAGUUAAGGUUUUAUAUCCAUUAAUUCAAGAACAACUCUCUGAUGGUGUAUCACCAAAGGUUGCAAUUCUUCAUAAAUUGGGCGAUCGCAUUAAUGGAGAUCGAUUGAUUACAACAGCAGAGGGGAGCUGGACAUAUUCAUCUCCACAAAAUAUUAAGCUCACCUUGAACUAUCCAAGAUCAGGAACUGGCUUAGUCGUAACUUUUCUUAAGGUUUUAGUGUCACAGAGCACAAACAAGGGUCGCGGUUAUAUAAUAUCUGGCGGCAUUGGACAACGUCAACUCACCGUUCUUAUUGAAGCAGAUCAAACUCUUUACUUUAAAUUCAGUGCGGAAAUUUACGGUUAUUGAAAUAACUAUUUGUACUUUUUGAAUUAUAUGCCAUUUGAAUUCCGAUGAAAAUAAAACUCUAGCAUUUUAAAAUUUA